AUGUUUUUGCUUUUACUUCACAACAGAGGGGUUCCGGGUGUGAUUUCCGAUCGACAAAACAGCGACGUUCAUGACGUUCCUUUUUUAUGGCUUCCCUUUCAGUCUUUUUACUUUUUUCCCUCCAUUUUCUCCCCUUCUUAGGUAUCUGGACCUUGGUGUUGUGGGGAACCCUUGUCGAAAUUAGAAAUAUAACAAACUGAUUGCAAAACA